GUCGCGGGCUCUUCGGCGGCGCGAUGAUCCCCACGGAGGAAGCGUCCGCCCGCAGGAGGGAAAUAGAAGAGAAGCUCAAGCAGGAGGAAGAAACACUGUCUUUUAUCAGAGAGAGUCUAGAGAAAAGUGACCAGCUGACAAAAAACAUGGUUUCCAUUCUCUCGUCCUUUGAAAGUCGCUUGAUGAAGCUGGAGAACUCCAUUAUUCCUGUGCAUAAGCAGACUGAGAACCUUCAGCGCCUGCAGGAGAAUGUUGAGAAGACCCUGUUCUGCUUGGAUCACGUCAUAAGUUACUACCACGUAGCAAAGGAUACAGAAAAGAUAAUAAGGGAAGGCCCUACAGGGAGAUUAGAAGAGUACUUGGGCUGCAUGGCUAAAAUCCAGAAAGCUGUGGAAUAUUUCCAAGACAACAAUCCUGACAGCCCGGAACUCAACACAGUGAAAUUGCUGUUUGAGAAGGGGAAAGAAUCCCUAGAAUCCGAAUUUCGUAGUCUUAUGACCCGGCACUCCAAACCAGUUCCUCCAAUCCUCAUCCUGGACCUCAUCAGCUUAGAUGAAGAAAUGGAAACCCAAGAAGAUGUGACCCUAGAACACCUUCCUGAGAGUGUUCUGCAGGACAUCGUCCGGAUUUCUGGUUGGCUGGUGGAGUACGGAAGGAACCAAGACUUCAUGAAUGUUUACUACCAGAUCCGUUCCAGCCAGUUGGACCGUUCCAUCAAAGGGCUGAAGGAGCACUUCCGGAAGAACAGCUCUUCCUCGGGGGUCCCUUAUUCCCCUGCCAUUCAGAACAAGAGGAAGGAUACACCAACCAAGAAACCCAUCAAGCGGCCAGUCCUCAUCCCAGGCACGAUUCGUAAGGCUCAGAACCUUCUGAAACAGUAUUCUCAGCAAUGUCUAGAUGGGAAAAAGGGGGCCUCUAACCUCAUUCCUAUGGAAGGUCAUGAGCAUGAUUUACGAGUUAAACACCUUUCCGAUACCCUGACUGACAAGCACGGGCUAGCUGCUGGGAGAGAUGACAUGUUGGACAUGGAGAUUGAUGCAUACAUCCACUGUGUGAGCGCCUUCAUCAAACUGGCCCAGAGCGAGUACCAGCUCCUGACGGAAAUCAUCCCCGAGCACCACCAGAAGAAGACAUUUGACUCUCUCAUUCAGGAGUCCUUAGACAACCUGAUGAUAGAGGGGGACAACAUUGUCUCUGCAGCCCGGAAGGCCAUCAUACGUCAUGAUUAUUCAGCUGUGCUGACUAUUUUCCCUAUCCUGAGGCACUUGAAGCAGACUAAACCUGAGUUUGAUCAAGUUUUGCAGGGCACGGCGGCCAGCACUAAGAACAAGCUCCCAAGCCUCAUUACCUCCAUGGAGACAACUGGAGCCAAGGCUCUGGAAGAUUUUGCAGACAAUAUCAAGAACAACCCAGACAAGGAGUACAACAUGCCAAAAGACGGGACAGUCCAUGAACUUACCAGCAAUGCUAUUCUUUUCUUGCAGCAGUUGCUGGAGUUUCAGGAAACGGCAGGUGCCAUGCUGGCCUCCCAAGUUCUUGGGGACACAUACAAUAUUCCUUUAGAUCCCAGAGAGACCAGCUCUUCAGCCAGUAGCUACAGUUCUGAAUUCAGCAGACGACUGCUCAGUACCUACAUCUGCAAAGUUCUGGGCAACUUGCAACUAAAUCUUCUCAGCAAAUCCAAGGUCUAUGAGGACCCCGCUUUAAGUGCCAUCUUCCUGCACAACAACUACAAUUACAUUCUGAAGUCCCUUGAAAAGUCUGAACUAAUCCAGCUGGUGGCUGUGACUCAGAAGACAGCUGAAAGGUCUUACAGGGAGCACAUUGAGCAACAGAUCCUGACGUAUCAGCGCAGCUGGUUGAAAGUGACAGAUUACAUCUCAGAGAGAAACUUGCCCGUCUUCCAACCUGGAGUCAAGCUUAAAGACAAGGAGAGGCAGGUGAUCAAAGAACGCUUUAAGGGCUUCAAUGAUGGCCUGGAGGAACUGUGUAAAAUCCAGAAGGCGUGGGCCAUCCCUGACACAGAGCAGAGGGACAAAAUCCGGCAGGCUCAGAAAACCAUUGUACAAGAGAUCUACGCUGCCUUCUUAAACAGGUAUGGCAAUGUGCCUUUCACCAAGAACCCUGAGAAAUACAUCAAAUACCGAGUCGAGCAGGUGGGCGAGAUGAUUGAGAAACUGUUUGACACAUCGGCAUGAUCUUCCUGCGUAGCAGUCAGUUUUUCCCUCAUUCCCUUUGCCAGCCC